CACGAAACUCUCGGCAUAUUCGUUUAUACAUACGCGGUUAGACGAGUUUAGCAUGUUCCAUACUUACGCUUUCGUAAUACAAAAUUCAGCUACCAAGUGCAACAGUUGAAGUGGUAGGAGUGACACGAAAAAAUUAAUAGGUGGAAGAAUGGAAAAGAACGAAGGGCUUUAUCCUCAAGUUCCCGGCAAUCAAGUGCCGCAACAGCAAUAUCCGACAGCGCCAAUGCCUGCACCGACAGUAAUGUCUACGCCAGCUUCCUUCGGACCGAACAGCGCAACGCUUACCUGCCCAUACUGCCAUAAGGGAAUUACUACGCUCGUUAGAGCAGAGUCGUCAUCGAAGACCCAUUUAUUUGCGGUUCUUUUAUGUUUCGUUUCAUGCUGCUGUAUUCCCUACUUUAUGGACUCCUGCAAAAACAAGAAUCACUACUGUCCCAGCUGUAACGCGUUCCUGGGUGCCUAUACGAAUUAAUCAAAUAUUCCAACCCUCUACGUCAUAAUAGUUUAAGAAACACUAUUGGAACUUUUCUUAUUUGUACCUCAAGCAUUUUUUUUACAAUAGGCCCCCUAUCCCGUGUGAGCGUUAAAAUUGUUUUGGGAUAGAGGAACCACGUUACAUACUUUUAUAUUAUUUAGUUUUUUUCUACCAUAUCCGGAUGUUGCACGACUUUGAAUAUUUGAGGCAUGAGGAGGUUGUACAUUUAUACAUAAAAUAUACUCAUUAUGUAUUGUAAAUGUUAGCGGUAUACAAAACUUAAAUUAUGUAUCUACCAUAUAAAAAUUUACAAUAUCUACUUGUAACCUUUAGCAUGUUUAACCUUUUAAUGAGUAGACACAAUUAAACGCUACUAGGAAAAAAGAA